AUGAUUGCCCCCUCAUCUGGUCCCAGAAAGCCUCGAGGGUCACGUCCGCCGCCAUCUCAUUCAAGCUCAUCAUCAAGCAGUGGCAGUCUAUCUCAGAGUAUAUCCGGCUCUCGUCCAGCCGUCCCCUAUUCGGAAAAUGGAGGAGUAUAUGAACCAUCGACUGGUUCUGAUGACCAUUCAUCAUUGGUUACAUCGCUCAAUAAUCUCGAAAUAGCGCAGCCCAUUCCACAACCAUACCAGAAUCCAUCGCUCAAUGCCCCCAUACAGCCGACGAGUCGCUCAACAACUCCAAAACCAAAGCUUUCACUUCUCAAAACUGGUGGAGGUGCGCUAGGAAGCAUCGGAGCUCCUGAUCCAGAAGUAUUUGAUACUGCUGAUGUACCAGCGCUACCUCCAUUACGUUCAAACGGCCCGUCUCUUGGGAUACAGUUAGGUCUCCCAGUACGACAAGGAUCUAUGCCACAGUCAGAAGAUAGCAGCUAUUCGAGACCUACAUUAAAACCUCCACCAAUAGGCGGUGGCUCGAAGAGACGCGGCCCCCUACUUGCGAUUCCAAAGAACUCAUCACCAAUGGGUGCCAUUGGUGCUGAUGAGCCGGACGCCCUUGAUUUAAUCGAAGUAUCCGAGAGCCAUGGACAGUCAAAUGGUGGUCAGCCUGGUACCCCUCUCACUCUCGGUGGAGAUGAUGGCGAGGUAACGGUCCGUCCGGCAUUACCCCAAGGCCAUUCUCAAGCCAGAUCACUAGACCUC